ACUUCAUCGGUACAUGACCGCGACCUACCGGACUGAAUGUGGUAGAGUAGUUUGGCGGAAUCGGGUGAAAAAGAAGUUCUGUCGUCUUUCCAGACCACGGAAAACUAGACUUAAACAGGACUGCCGACUAGGCAUCCACUUCCGUAUUAGGCCCUGCGCGGACUUGGCCGUCAUGAUGUUCCAAAAGCACGUUGCCAGGCAAAGUUCAUCGUCCAUCUCCACUCAGCCAACGACAUCUGCCUUCAGUAUGUCUGAAACAGUGAGUGUGGAGAUUUGUCCUCCUCCAGCAGGACUAGAAGCAAUGUAUGAAAGACUUUUUACCCCCGACUGCCUGCACUUUCUGUAUGACCUCAUCUCCACAUUUGAUGAAGCAGUGGAUCAGAUUUUGCGGUUGCGAGUAUCCAGGAAGGCUGACUUGGACUUGUCUGGUGAUCUGCCAGACUUCUUAGAGAGCACCAGCAACAUCAGAAGCGACACAAGUUGGAGAGUGUCACCUGUACCUCCACGGCUCCAGAGGCGACAUGUGGAUAUGGGUGAUAUGGCUCCUUGUGACACCCAGCGCUUUCUGAAAGCUCUCCAGUCCCCAGCACAAGGAAUACAGGUUGACUUUGACGAUGGCAACUGUCCGACAUUUUACAACCAGAUCAAAGGAAUUCAUAAUGUCUUGACCGCGGUGCACAAUGCUUUUCCUGAUGCUCCACACAUAUCCCAGGCUCCCGUGCUCAUGAUUCGUCCGCGUGCUUGGAAUAUGGUGGAACACAAUAUGAUGGUGAAGGGGAAGGAGGUUCCUGGUCCUCUCUUUGACUUUGGACUUGUGAUGUUUCACUGUGGAAAGACUCUGUUUGAAAGCAAGAGUGGGCCCUUUUUUUACCUGUCCAAAGUGGAGAGCUUUUUGGAGGCCAGAUUAUGGAACAACAUAUUUGUUUGGGCACAAAACAAGCUGCUUCUUCCUCAGGGCAGCAUCAAGGCCACAGUUUUAAUAGAAAAUGUAUUAGCGGCAUUUGAAAUGGAGGAGAUUCUCUACGAGCUGCGAGAACACUCAGCAGGACUCAACUGUGGAUUAUGGGAUUAUUCUGCCUCCUUUGUCAAUAAAUUUGGCCACAGACGGGCCUUCCUGCUUCCUGACCGCAGUAAAUAUGUCAACAUGGAGAAGCGUUUUCUGCGCAGCUACAUGGACUUGUUGGUUCAGACGUGUCAUCGGCGAUCAGCUUUGGCAACAGGAGGUAUGGCCGCUCUUCUCCUUCCCGAGGACCCCCACAGCGAAUCCUACAGGACAGUGAUGGCCACUGUUAGCAGACUCAAGUUGCUUGAAAUAGAGGCAGGUGUGGAUGGUUUCAUGGUCUACGACCAGAACCUCAUCCAGCCGAUGCAGGAACUCUUUCAGAUCCACACUGAAGGUGAUAACCAGCUUGACAAGCUUGUCAAUCACGUCAGGGUGACUUCUAAAGACCUGCUGACCAUGCCUGGGGGAGGAGUCACCCUUUAUGGUUUGAAACAUAACAUUGCUGUGGGUGUCCUCUUCAUUCACGCUUGGCUGUGUGGAAAAGGACAUUUUUACUAUAGAGGCCAGGUUGAAGAUUCCGCCACAGCAGAAAUUUCUCGCUCACAGGUCUGGCAGUGGAUUCGACAUCAGGCUCAACUUGAGGACGAGGAGAAGCUUGUGAGCCGCAAGCUGGUCACUGACAUCACCAGAGAAGUCAUGAUGGAGCUCUGUCUAAACUGCUCUGCUAGGGUGAAACUGAGGUUCCAAACAGCGGCAGACAUGUUCUUGGAAGUAGUUCUGCGGAGAGAUUUCCCAGAGUUCAUCACCUCUUUCUUGAAUCAGGACCACACCUUUCUCAGCUCCCAGGACACUCAACAAGCCGAAGAUCUCAACUCAGACGUCCACCGUGCUAAGUUUUGAUCGUUCGGAUUUACAAAAUCAUAAAAAAUAUGAAA